AUUUUUCAACCUUUUACACCAUAAUUGAUUUCUACCCAUACUAAAUCGUGAGAUACUACUUUAACGAAGACUGUGACUGAUUUUACACCACUUCCAAUAAUUACUCAACUUUUAUUAUUCAACUAUUGUUAAUUCAAAUAUUGUUAGCAUUCUGGUAAUACAUUUUUUAAUUUUUUCAAUUCUUACAUUCCAAGCCAUAUUGUGAUUUUAUAUAUUGAUUGCAACAUUCUAUAUUCUUUAUUAUAAAGUUAGUUAACCGCAAAUGACAUCAUUGCAUAGUACUGUAAGUGAUACAACUAACUAUUAUCCAAACUCCUCGGGAAGAUCUUUCUAUAUCCCUAAUAAUACCACAAGUAAUAAUACCACAAAUAAUAAUAAUAAUAAUACUACCACCACAAGUACGACAAGUAUAGAGUCACAAAUGGAAUCAGGUUCACCAUCAUCUAAUUCAAGUCAUUCCACUCCAUACUAUGAUAAUCAACAACAAUCACAAGUACAACCCACUCAAGUGACUCAAUAUUUUGAAGAAGAAAAAAAUGAUGAUACUAGUCCUGUAGGAGGAGCAGAUCAAGGAGGUGAACAACCAUUUUAUGUUAAUGCCAAACAAUAUCAUAGAAUAUUAAAAAGAAGAAUAGCUCGAGCCAAAUUAGAAGAAAAUUUGAAAAUAGCAAGAACCAGAAAACCUUAUUUACAUGAAUCAAGACAUAAACAUGCUAUGAGAAGACCUAGAGGUCAAGGAGGACGAUUCUUAACGGCAGCUGAAAUAGCGGAAAAGGAAAGACUUGAAAAAUUAAAAGAAUUAGAAGAUAAGAAUAAUGAAAAUAAUGAAAAUGAAGAAAAUGAUAAUAAUGCUGAAACAAAUGAUGAUGGUCAAGGUACAGUAGUAUCAGAAGUACAAGAUACUUUUGAUUCUGAGCCAUCUAAUAAUGAAUCAACAUCUAUUGAAAAGAAAGCAGCUUUAAAGAUAAAUAAUCCCGAAGAAGAUGCCAUGUUUGAAAAUUUGAUUAAUGCAGCUGAAAACAAUUCGUAGAUUUAGUAACUUCCUUCCUUCCUGUUUGAAAUUAUGAAAAGUUAAACCUUCUAAAAUUGUAAUGAUUUAAAGUAAUAAUAAUAUAAAUUCAUAAAUUGACUUUAAUUUCAUUUUAAUUCAUAAAACAUUAUAUACGACUUCUGUUUGAUUUCCUUUUAGUUUAUGUUAUGUAUUAUUUUUAAGCAAUAUAUAUUGUUAUUGGUGUAAAGAGAUCUUGCACUAACUUUCUCUGGUUGGUUUACAUUUAACUACACUACUACUUAUAAGUUUGUAUACAUUGA